UGCAAACCAUGACGACAACAUGUCUGCUUCCACAGGAAAGUGCACAUGCGAUCCUCAGAUCCGCGCAGUAGUUUAAUGCGAAACUUAGUAAUUACACCGGGGAAGCCAUAGAAUGCAAGCUGCCCUAUAACCCCUUCUUCAGCGUAAAUUAUAAACACUGCCAUGCUUAUUAUAAGACCGUUACUACAUCUCGCAAGGCUUGGAAAGCAAGUCUUUGCUCCCGCUCGACAGUUCAGGGAAGGUACGCAUCGCCUUUUUGACCUCGACGUCGAAUUCUACGCAGACGUCGCGAACCACAACCUUAUCACGAAGAAUCUUACAAGGAGGGGAUGCGUGGCAGACUUAGACGAAAUUCGAGCGCUAUGGGAAGAGCUCAAAGUGAAACACAAGAACGAACAAAUGCGAAUCGACCUGAUGCGUGCUAUCGCCAGGAUGCCCAACAUGACACACCCGGACGUGCUGGGAAGGGAAAGCGACGAACCAGUCGUCGUGGACGUUAUUGGCGAAAAACGGCAAAUGGACUUCGUUCCCAGGCGGUUCGAAUAUCUCAUGUCAAGGAUGGGCUUGCUUCAGACAGAUCCGAACUACAACGUCAUGUGCGGAGAGCGGACGUAUUUCUUCCGCGGCGACCUAGCCCGUAUGGAAGAAGCUCUCAUUUCUUUCACUGUCGACAAGCUUUUGAAGAAAGGGUUCACUGCAGUGUACGUCCCGGAUUUACUGCAUCCCGCGCACUUGGAAGCCUGUGGCAUGCUCACGACUGGGCUGCGGAACCAGGUGUAUCGCCUCAAAACUAACUGGGGAACCGAGGUGUGCCUCUCUGGCACAGCGGAGAUGGGCUUGGCCAACAUGUACCGCGACCAGUGCUUAGAGAUGUCUGACCUGCCCCAACGACUGAUGGCAGUCAGCCGCUGUUAUCGGGCUGAGAUAUCGUCGACAAAGCAAGAGAAAGGCAUCUACCGGGUCCACCAGUUCAACAAGGUGGAAAUGUUUGGUUUUGCCCCACCGGGUGAAAGCGCUACACUGCGUAAGGAGUUUGUCGAGAUCCAGAAGGAGAUAUGCCGAGACCUCAACCUCCACGUGCAACUUUCAGACAUGCCUCCCAUUGACCUUGGGCUGCCAGCCUAUCGUAAGCUAGAUAUGGAAGCUUGGAUGCCAGGCAGUCGACGGUACGGCGAGAUCAGCAGUGCUUCAGACUGCACCGAUUACCAGAGCCGCAGGCUCGGCAUUACUUGUCGGCAAACCCUGGGAGAGGCGCCAUCCUAUGUGUUUACUACUAACGGCACGGCCUGUGCAGUUCCGAGGAUGCUUACAGCUAUUGUGGAGAACUACCAGCAGAAGGAUAAUUCCGUAGUCAUCCCUGAUGCAUUGAGAAGGUAUAUGGGUGACAAAGCCCUUAUGGAACCGUAUGGCACGGAACGAAUACCACGGCCAGUGCCAUUUUAUUUCAUGGAAAACAGGUAGCAUUGAGGUCCCCAACUUUGCAGCAGUCAUGUCGAUGACUUUUGUUUACUGCUUCAGACGGGUUCUUCGUGAGGUGUGUGUGUGAAGACUGGUAGACAAAAGUCUAAUGGACAGUGCAUAAGCUUGUGGCACAAUCAUUCAGAACAGCUCUCUUCUUUUUGCAAUCUGUGCUCGAAAGUGCACGUUCAUGCAAAUUGUGUCACCUUUGUUUUAGCCACAUUGCAUUGUUGAAUGCUCCUUAUUGAAACCGGUGUGGAAAGGUCUAGCCACUUGAUUCCUGAAUGCAUGCGAGUCCUUGAGUGAACCAGCACAUUCAACUCAUGUUCCUACCAAAUGUGGUAUGCAGGGACCAUUUGGAAGCUAUCUCUGUAUAGCUUCCAGUGCAGGUUGUUGUAAGUUCAUGCAAGCACCUUGUGAGCGGUGUUAUAAUGUUGUGAUUAAAGAAUUAGUAAAAAUUG